AUGUACAGAGCUAUUAAGGAGAAAAAACAGAAUGACUUUGCUGGAGUUGAUGCUGAUAGACUCAAGUUAUGGAGAGUUAACACGGAUCAAACUAUUUCCGAAGAAAUACUAAAUGACGAAUUAGAGGAUACAGCAAAAACAAUUGGAAAUACUUUUCUUGAUGUCCAAGGAGGUAACAUUCGAGUUAUAGUUAGAGCUCCUGAUACUGCGCAACCCAUUGCUGGAAUAGGAAGUUUGACAGCUGGUAUCAAAGGAAUGCAACUUCAAGCAUCCAACACACAAUCAAAAUUUUUUGGAAUAAUACCUUACGUUGAUCCAAAAAGAUUUAAUGGACGAAGAAUGAAAAAAGACUCGGCACAAUUUGGAGAACAAUAUGGUGUUGAUUUGGCUUUAGAAAUUUUACAAGGCCUUAGAGAAGAACCAAUUCCUAAUACGCCUGAAAAUUACAUUAAAAUUUAUACUGAAUGUUGGAACGCUAAUAAUAAUACUUCUUCAAAUACUGAUGAUUCAUUACACGGGGAAAUAGAUUCAACAUUUCGCAAGGAUAUUCUUGACUAUUUUAGUAACUAUAAUAUAAAAUCACAAGAAUUUUAUAAUUGGCUACUGAUUAAUCAAAAUAAUAAUUCAGAUUAUAUUUUCUUACUUGGAUAUUGUAAUUAUAAUGGAAUUGGAACUAGUGUUAACAAACAAAAAGCAGUUGAAUUGUUUCAACAGGCGGCAAAUUUAAGCUCAACAAUCGGCAAAUGGAGAAUAUUCAGAUGGUAUCAUAUGGCAGCAAAUUCAGGAGACAGUAUGGCUCAAUAUAACCUUGCCCUUAUGUAUAAAAAUGGAGAUAAUAUUGAUAAAGAUUAUAGCAAAGCUUUCGAAUUAUUUAAACAAUCAGCUGAAGGAAAAUAUCCAGAUGGAAUAACAAUGUUAGCAUAUUGUUAUCAUAAUGGAAUUGGAACUCGCGUUAAUAAACAAAAAGCAAUUGAAUUAUAUCGACAGGCGGCAAAUUUAAAAAAUAAAGGUGCUAAUAUAGGUUAUGACAAAGCUUUUGAAUUAUGUCACAAGCUCAAUAUAAUAUUACUUAUAUGUAUCAUGUAUGGAAGAGAAAUUAAAAAAGAUGUAAGUCGUGUAAUUUAUUGGCAUGAGCAAUCUGUUAAACAAGGAGAUAAAAAUGUUCAAUAUAAAUUAAAAAAAAAUUAA